GAGUGAGGGGCUCGGGUUGUGUCUGAGAGUAUAAAAGCUCCAAGUUCAAUCUGCUCCACAGUCUGCAGCAGAUUCACAAGGAACAACUUCCAAAAUCACUCCGGAGCUCUCCACUCACUGCACUGCUAUACAACUCUUCAGCCAUGGCCGAGAGGAGGAUCCCCUUCACCCUCAUGCGCACCCCCAGCUGGGACCCCUUCCGUGACUGGCACAGCCGCAUUUUUGACCAGACUUUUGGGAUGCCCAUACUGCCCGAAGAAGGAUUCCACACUACUCACUGGCCGGGCUACUUCAGACCUUCUUUCCUGGCUCCAGACAUGACCGCAGCGAUGAGUCCAAUGAUGUACUCCAGUCCCGUGGUGGCUCAGCAGGCCCGGACCCUCGCCCGCCAGAUGAGCAGUGGCAUGUCUGAGAUCAAACAGACUCAAGACAACUGGAAAGUGUCUCUGGACGUCAACCACUUUUCACCCGAGGAGCUGGUGGUCAAGACCAAAGAUGGAGUUGUGGAGAUCAGUGGCAAACAUGAAGAGAGGAAGGACGAGCAUGGUUUUGUGUCCAGAUGCUUCACCAGGAAAUAUACACUUCCACCCACUGCUAAUGUGGAAAAGGUGACCUCAUCCCUGUCCCCAGAGGGAGUACUUACAGUGGAAGCGCCUCUCGCCAAACCAGCCCUGGAGUCUUCAGAGACCACUAUUCCUGUUACAGUUGACAAAAGUGCUUUAGCAAAGAAAUAAACCAAACUUCACAACACAACACAUACUCAUAUACUAUGCACUUUACUCCACAUGAAGAGACUUUUCCAGUAAAAGAACAACGUGGCUUAUCAUACAAAUCUGGGAGUGCCUGAGUAGUUCUGUAGAAAUGCUCUCACUGUGCCUCACCUGAUAACAGCUGUAUGUAAACCAGGAUGUGACCAGAGACAUGAUUAAAAU